AUGUUACGACUACGAACCAUGCGACCCACACAGACCAGCGUCAGGGCGGCGCUUGGGCCCACCGCCGCGGCCCGAAACAUGUCCUCCUCCAGCCCCUCCAGCUUCGAAUACUCGUCCUACGUCAAGGGCACGCGGGAAAUCGGCCACCGAAAGGCGCCCACAACCCGUCUGUCGGUUGAGGGCCCCAUCUACGUGGGCUUCGACGGCAUUCGUCUUCUCAACCUGCCGCAUCUCAACAAGGGCUCGGGAUUCCCCCUCAACGAGCGACGGGAAUUCAGACUCAGUGGUCUUCUGCCCUCUGCCGAAGCCACCCUGGAGGAACAGGUCGACCGAGCAUACCAACAAUUCAAAAAGUGUGGCACUCCCUUAGCCAAAAACGGGUUCUGCACCUCGCUCAAGUUCCAAAACGAGGUGCUCUACUACGCCCUGCUGCUCAAGCACGUUAAGGAGGUCUUCCCCAUCAUCUAUACACCGACUCAGGGAGAAGCCAUUGAACAGUACUCGCGGCUGUUCCGGCGGCCCGAAGGCUGCUUCCUCGACAUCACCAGUCCCUACGACGUGGAGGAGCGUCUGGGAGCGUUUGGAGACCAUGACGACAUUGACUACAUUGUCGUGACUGACUCCGAGGGUAUUCUCGGAAUUGGAGACCAAGGAGUGGGCGGUAUUGGUAUUUCCAUCGCCAAGCUGGCUCUCAUGACUCUAUGUGCUGGAGUCAACCCCUCACGAGUCAUUCCUGUGGUUCUGGAUACGGGAACCAACAACCAGGAGCUGCUGCACGACCCCCUGUAUCUCGGCCGACGAAUGCCCCGAGUGCGAGGAAAGCAGUACGACGACUUCAUCGACAACUUUGUGCAGUCUGCCCGAAGGCUGUAUCCCAAGGCGGUGAUCCAUUUCGAGGACUUUGGGCUCGCUAACGCACACAAGAUCCUCGACAAGUAUCGACCGGAGAUCCCCUGCUUCAACGACGACAUCCAGGGCACUGGAGCCGUCACUUUGGCCUCCAUCACGGCCGCUCUCAAGGUGCUGGGCAAAAAUAUCACAGAUACUCGAAUUCUCGUGUACGGAGCUGGUUCGGCCGGCAUGGGUAUUGCUGAACAGGUCUAUGAUAACCUGGUUGCCCAGGGUCUCGACGACAAGACUGCGCGACAAAACAUCUUUCUCAUGGACCGACCGGGUCUACUGACCACCGCACUUACCGACGAGCAGAUGAGCGACGUGCAGAAGCCGUUUGCCAAGGACAAGGCCAAUUACGAGGGAGUGGACACCAAGACUCUGGAGCACGUGGUUGCUGCCGUCAAGCCCCAUAUUCUCAUUGGAUGUUCCACUCAGCCCGGCGCCUUUAACGAGAAGGUCGUCAAGGAGAUGCUCAAACACACCCCUCGACCCAUCAUUCUCCCUCUUUCCAACCCCACACGUCUUCAUGAGGCUGUCCCUGCAGAUCUGUACAAGUGGACCGACGGCAAGGCUCUGGUUGCCACCGGCUCGCCCUUUGACCCAGUCAACGGCAAGGAGACGUCUGAGAACAAUAACUGCUUUGUUUUCCCCGGAAUCGGGCUGGGAGCCAUUCUGUCUCGAUCAAAGCUCAUCACCAACACCAUGAUUGCUGCUGCCAUCGAGUGCCUCGCCGAACAGGCCCCCAUUCUCAAGAACCACGACGAGGGAGUACUUCCCGACGUAGCUCUCAUCCAGAUCAUUUCGGCCCGGGUGGCCACUGCCGUGGUUCUUCAGGCCAAGGCUGAGGGCCUAGCCACUGUCGAGGAAGAGCUCAAGCCCGGCACCAAGGAACAUGUGCAGAUUCCCGACAACUUUGACGAGUGUCUCGCCUGGGUCGAGACUCAGAUGUGGCGGCCCGUCUACCGGCCUCUCAUCCAUGUGCGGGAUUACGACUAG